UGCAGACGUCACUGAGGGCGGGCCUUCCCAUGGGAUUUAAUUCGGGCCAAUAAUUUUUUAUGGAGCACCUUAUUGUGAAUCAGGCACUGAGUUUACUAAGCAUUGAUAAACAGGUGAAUGAAGCCGGAAUAGUCAUUUCGUGUGUAUCAAGUAUAGUGUGGCCGUGGCCAUGGUCCCAGUGGGUGUGUCAUCCCUUCCUAAUCUGUACAUUUCUGGAGACUCCAAGAUCUGAAGGGCUGCAAGGAUUAUGCUCUCCCACAGUCUCUCCCGAGUGCGGCCCCCUUGACGGUAGAGCCGUAUCCCACUUGCCUCUAAACCCUUCCCCCGACCGUAUAAGGAGAAGCAGCUGCUGGGGGCGUCCCAAGGAUCUAAAGAUAGCAGUCCUUGCCUCAGACUCCAAAUGCCACCGGGCAGCGGGAGCCGCCAUGGCACGGGCUGCAUUUUCCCCUCCUCCCAUCUUUCUCAAAUGCCCUCAGUCUUCCCUCUCCCACCCCUAUGAAGCCCCGCCUCAACUCCUCUUCAGGCAGCAUGCCCGGACCCUGUGGUACGACAGGCCCAAGUAUGUGUUCAUGGAGUUUUGUGUUGAGGACAGCACUGACGUCCAUGUGCUCCUAGAAGACCACCGCAUUGUGUUUAGCUGCAAGAAUGCAGAGGGAGUGGAGUUGUACAAUGAGAUUGAGUUCUAUGCCAAAGUGAACUCCAAGGACUCCCAAGAUAAGCGCUCUGGCCGCUCCAUUACUUGCUUUGUGAGGAAAUGGAAGGAAAAGGUGGCUUGGCCCCGGCUUACCAAGGAGGAUAUUAAGCCGGUGUGGUUGUCUGUGGACUUUGAUAAUUGGAGAGACUGGGAAGGGGAUGAAGAGGUGGAGCUGGCUCAGGUGGAACAUUACGCAGAGCUUUUGAAGAAGGUCAGCACCAAGAGACCUCCCCCUGCCAUGGAUGACCUGGAUGAUGAUUCUGACAGUGGAGAUGCAACAAGUAAUUAAUUUACGUGACAGCAGAGCUGGGGAGGAAGCUGUGGCUAUCUUCCAGUCACUUUGACAAACUAGGGCCUAGGCCUUCAUUAGCUCUUUGGCUGUGCACCAGGGUCUCUUGAGAUCUCUGAACUUUCCUAGUUCCUUUUAAUUAAGGGUCCUUCUUUAUGCUUUAUUUCUUCUUUCUAGACUAAACCCCCACCCCCAGGUUCCAUGUCAUCAUCAUUAUCUACAGAGAUUUACCAGGAACCUACUAAAUGCCCUUGACUAUGGCUGCUGCAUCAGAUGGCAAGAUAGAAGAGGAGUAGACUGGGCAGGGGGCCUUCUGACUUCCUACCAAUUGGCUGUAAUCUCUGUGUUUGGGCCAUUCAUCAGGGCUCUCUUGAGUAUUUGAGCAUGCGUGCAUAUGUGGUAGAGCAAAAGUCAAAGAAGCAGCAUAUAGAUUAUAAUAAAUUCCUAGAAACUGG